AUGUUUCAAGCGAGUAUAGAAAGGUCGAGAUGGAAGAAAUCUGGGGUGUACAUUGAAAGUGCUUUGUUUUCCUUUCUGUUCCAGGCUAUUGAUGAGCCUCCCUAUCUCACAGUGGGCACCGAUGUGAGUGCGAAGUAUAGAGGAGCCUUCUGUGAAGCCAAGAUUAAGACAGCAAAAAGACUUGUCAAAGUCAAGGUAACCUUUAGACAUGAUUCUUCAACAGUGGAAGUGCAGGAUGACCACAUAAAGGGUCCCUUAAAGGUAGGAACUGUUGUGGAAGUUAAGAAUCCAGAUGGAACUUACCAGGAAGCUGUUAUCAACAAAUUAACAGAUGCCAGUUGGUACACUGUAGUAUUUGAUGAUGGUGAUGAGAAGACUCUUAGACUCUCUUCCCUGUGUUUAAAAGGAGAAAGACAUUUUGCUGAAAGCGAGACUCUAGAUCAGCUUCCACUCACAAAUCCUGAACACUUUGGAACUCCUGUUAUAGGAAAGAAAACAAACAGAGGAAGGAGAUCCAAUCAUAUUCCUGAAGAAGAAUCUUCAUCCUCUUCCAGCGAUGAAGAUGAAGAUGAUAGGAAACAAAGUGAUGAGUUAUUAGGAAAGGUUGUAUGUGUGGACUGCUUCAGUGUGGAUAAAAAGAAAGCUCUUUGGUUUCCAGCCUUGGUGGUUUGUCCAGAUUGUAGUGAUGAUAUUGCAGUGAAAAAAGACAAUAUUCUCGUCCGCUCUUUCAAGGAUGGCAAAUU